AUGGCAAUCAGGCAAGAAAAGUUAAGUGUCGCCCCUAACUUUGCACUGCGACAAUUACUCUCUUCUCUUGGCUCAGUAGCACCGUCAUGUAGAUGUAACACGGGGUUUCAUUCUUCACUACGAACACCUUUUGUCAUAUCCAUUUUAAUCGGCCUAUGGCGCGAUAUUGUUACCGCUACAAAUUUUGCUACCUUGAUUGUUUCCGUUACUUAUGUACCAGCGCUUGUUAUUAAGCCGAGAAGGACCUGUGUUAGCUAA